CCUUUAGUACAGGAUUUAAAGAUGGAACAAAACAUUUUUGCUUUAGAGUGCAGGUUGGCUCCAUGGACUCAAAAGAGCUUUGCUUCCUCUGUCAAUAUUUGUGAUAGGUUAAUGAUCAACCUCUAGGCCCUCAUCUCUGUCUUUGGUGUUCAUCCAAAUAUUACUUCUAGUGCCCUAAAACGGGGACCAUCUGUAAACCAGAAGAUUCUGCAUGGCCACGAAAAUGGCUAGAGGUUCCUUACUUGUGACGUUUCUCUUACUAAUGUGUUUCAUCUACAGCAGCUGGUCAGUUUCAUUUUCAGUGUUUGUGAGAAAAGAAGAAGCACACCAGGUGCUGAAGAUCCGUAAACGCGCUAACCAGUUCCUGGAGGAAAUUCACCCAGGGAACUUGGAGAGAGAAUGCACUGAGGAAACAUGCUCCUUCGAGGAGGCAAAGGAGAUUUUCCAAUCGCAGGAGAAAACGAUGGAGUUUUGGUUUGUUUACAAAGAUUUAAAUCCCUGCAAAGAAAAUCCCUGUAAGAACGGUGGCGUCUGCAAACUGAAACACUACGAUUAUUUCUGUAUCUGUCCCCCACUGUUCGGAGGAAAGCAGUGUGAAAUAGAGAAGUUUGAAUGCUGGUACAAGAACGGCGGCUGCUGGCAGUAUUGCCAAGACACCGCACACUCCCUUCGUGUGGUGUGCUCCUGUGCGGAGGGUUAUGCCCUGGGUGAUGAUGGAAAGAGGUGUACGCAAUCAGCUCAGUUUCCCUGUGGGCUGAUUAAAAGAUCCAUGCGUGCUUUGGAGGAAGUUGCCCCUGGGCUCAAUGGGAUGGCAGAGGGGGGGGGCCCCCAGGCUCAACGGGAAGGUGAAGAGGGGUGCCCCCGGGCUCAAUGAUCGGUGGAAGGGGGCACUCCUGGGUUCAAUGAGUCAGUGGAGGGGGGCGCCCUCGGGCUCAACUGGAUGGCAGAGGGGGGCACCGCCCCUGGGCUCAAUGAGUCAGCAGACAGGGGCACCCCUGGGCUCAAUGAGUCAGUGGAGGGGGGCGCCCUCGGGCUCAAUGAGUCAGCGGAGAGGGGUUCUGGCCCUGGGCUCAAUGAGUCAGCAGAGGGGGAGACCCCCAGGCUCAAUGGGUCAGCAGAGGGGGAGACCCUCAGGCUCAAUGGGUCAGCAGAGGGUGGCACCCCUGGGCUCAACUGGAUGGCAGAGAGAGGCACCCCAAAACUCAAUGAAACAGCAGAGGGGCGUGCCCCUGCGCUCAGUGGGAUGGCAGAGGGGGGCGCCCCUGGGCUCAAUGGGUCGGUGGAGGGGGGCGACCCCGAACUCAAUACGUCAGCAGAGGGGCAGAAUGUGCACGACGGCCUCAAUCAGACCGAAGCUGAAGGAAAUCUGACAGAUGGAGAUCUACACAGCUGGACAAAUGUCUACCAAACUGCAGAGUAUGAUGAUACCAGGAUCACUGGGGGAUCUUUCUGCCGUCGUGGCCACUGUCCCUGGCAGGUACUUAUCCGAAAUAGCAGAGAUUAUGGUUUCUGUGGAGGGAGUUUAAUCAGCAGCCGCUGGGUGGUCACUGCUGCCCACUGCCUUGAGAUUGUCAAGCCACAUCAUGUUACUGUAGGAGACUUUGACAAACACCAGAGAGAAGUGAAAGAACAAAAGAUUGAAGUGCAACAGAGCUGGAUACAUCCACACUAUGACUCAGAUAACUAUAACGGUGACAUUGCUUUGCUCUACUUGAGCAGCGAUGUUGUAUUUAAUGAGUAUGCACUCCCCAUUUGCCUUCCCAAUCCUAACCUGGCAACCUUGCUGACUUCAGAAGGGACUAGGGGGAUGGUGAGUGGAUGGGGUUCCACACAUCACAGGGGUCCUGGAACACGCUUCCUCAUGAAAGUCAAGCUGCCCAUAGUAAGCAUGGAAACCUGUAGGCAGUCAACAGCAAAGCUCAUUACCGAUAACAUGUUCUGUGCAGGCUAUGCUGCCAAAGCCCACGAUGCUUGUAAAGGAGACAGUGGAGGCCCCUUUGCUGUCUCUUACCACGACACUUGGUACCUGCUAGGGAUAGUCAGUUGGGGUGAGGGCUGUGCUGAAGAAAGGAAAUAUGGUGCAUAUACACGGGUAGCCAACUAUGUACCAUGGAUAAAGGAGGUUAUUGAAAAUCUAGCUGAUGCAGGAGGAUUUUUACCUUCAUUCUAAUAAGGACCAUUUCUAAAACAUCAGAAAUGCUACCAGUAAUAAAACUGGAAAUUUUACAAUAGUUUUAACUUAAAAAAAGUAGCUUAUUCAGUAUGAAGCUAAAUAGUCUAUUCAGUAUUCCUUGUUCUGCUAAUAAAUGUAAUCCAGUAUUUGCUGCUCCUGAGACUUUUGUAAUACAAACCGCUGCACUAGAACUGUUGAAAGUGGAGGGUUUAACAGUGCUAGGGAUUUUGUUGUCUUUAUGUUGCCGUGGAAGGAAAUAACUUUGUUCUCCAGCUAUUCCACUCACUGUGAAAGUACAUUAACUGUUAAAAGACUCAGGACAGUUCACUAUGUUGACAGUGAUAUAUCUGAGUUAAUCACUUUAUAGUACGAUUAUUAUCUGCAAUGUGGAGGCUUCAGAAUUCAUCAAGUUGUCUAAUGAUAAGACUGAGUUGGAGUUUGAGUUAAGAAAACAUAUUAAUAUCAUUUGUUAGCUUUAUGGUAAUCAGGAAAAUAGGUGAAAAACUUUAAAUAUCCAAUUUAUUGUAAAGAAAGUUGAAACUUUACGUAGCAGCAGCAGCAUUCAAAGGCAUGGACAUUUAACCCAGUGAGAAGGGAGAGGAACAGAAUAUAGUAACUAGUGGGAAACUAUUAGAAUUCCCAGUAGCAGCAAUUAUUCAAACUAACAAUAUGCAGUAAAGCAGUUUUAAUCAUCUUACUGCUCAUGUGAUGUCCUUUGAUUUUUCUUGCAAGGCAUUUAGUGCAUUUAAGCACAUUAGACUCUAAACUACUAUCCAGCAGCUGGGGCAGUAGUUACCUACCAUGGGUCAGAAACAGAACAUAUUAUGGAGCCAGCUUUCACUGUUGGUAUUUCCCUUUUACACAUUCUAACAAAAAAGAUGUAAGAAAGGGAAAAAAGUAGCAUUAGCCCCAUAGAGAAAGGCAUUCCACCCCUAGACAAUUCUAUGAUUCUACAGGGUUUAACAUUCAAGUUAGAUGAUUGUUCGCAGCAGAUGAUGCAAGAUUAGUGGUUUUCUGACUGAGUAUGAUAGACUGGUGGGAGCAGGAAAUGGGGUAAAAAAUUUAGACAAGAGCUCUUUUACUGUGAAAACUUACAUGCCAUAUACAAUUGAUUUUUGCUGUCAGACAUGAAAUAGUGGUGAACAAACUUGGAAAACCUAGUAAUACUAUGAGAAACAACUUUUCUAACCGUCUAAAAGCCAAAGGGCGCAGGGGGAAAGAGGACCAAGCCUCUAGUCAGCCAUCCCUCUGCAAGAGUUUGGCUUUCAGGGUUUCAUUUAAAAAAAUUAAGAAUGUCGCAUAGCCUUCCACAUAAAUAUACAGGUGAAACAACAGUUAAUUCUGCAAUCUUAUUCUAAAUUAAUAUCUCCUCUCACCAAGCAGGACCGUUACCACAAUAUGUUAAAGAACUUCACACUGCUGUCCUCGGGUUCAAAUAUCAUUAAACAGCACCCUUGUGCAGUAUUUGGAGGUGAUGGAGAAGAAUUCCUUCCCACUUUAAUUUUUUUAAGGUUGUAUGAGACCAAACAUUCAAAUUUACUAUUAAGUUUUCAGAGUUAAAAAAUAAUAGGAGUUCAAAUUAAUAGAAAUUUGUGUCCCUUCACCCUCACUCCUCAAAGCAUUUAACCCCUAACUGUCACUGCUCUGGGGGAGAAUUAAAUGCAACUUUAAAGAUUAUUUGAUUCCCAUCAACUUGAAAGGAAAAGUCUGCUCAUUUUCCAUUGCAGGAAAGGACAUCAACUCUUGGAGCAGUUGGUAAGUGGAAGAAAGUACAAUGUAGAGCUACAGCACAAUCUGCAAUUUUAAAUUUCAACCCUUCCCCAUGUGGGGAGUAGCAGACUGCUUCAUUCAACCAUGAAGUAAAUAGCACUAAAAUACUGGCAAAAAACUCAUGCAUCAAUGACAGGGGGGAAAUCUUAGCAGUUGAAAAAGGAAGCUCCAACACAUAAGGGCCAAAUUUAGCCCUGAUAUUUUAUGGAACUUCAUGGGUUUCCAUAGAGUUGCACCUACUUAUGUAGCAGAAAUAGAAUUUGGCAGCACCUUUUUUCAAGGAAUUCUUAAUAAACUAAAUCAAUUCUCAGCAUACCAUAAGAAGGAUGUAGUUGAACAGACACUGUACCUUAACAGAAAGCCAUGCAAUUCAAUGCAACGGUCAACAACUCAAGUUCAAAUAAUAAUAGGCUCUAGAUCAGAGUCCAUAGGUUUGCUUCUCUGCAUCGUCAGUUACCUGCUACUUCUCACAUCAGGCCUUUGUUUAUUUUUUAUGACCAUGGUCCAAGCUCAGUAUCCAAGGGAACAAACUGGAAGAGGAAGCAUUCAGUUGCCUGGAGUUCUAAUUUUUUCCAGCCGAAGCCAUAGCAUGCUAAGUGCUUUCCACAUACAGAAGGCAACAGCACUCCUGCCUCAAGGAACUCACUGUGUAUCCACUCUGAUUGUAGAGAUGUUAUGUGCUUACUUGGAAAGAUCAUUGUUUUCUCACUGAACUCCAAACCUCUCUCUCAGCCCGUUUUACAGACACCAAGAACAGUUUCAGAGAUAGAGGUACACAAUUCCACUCUAGUCUUUUUGCAGCAAAGAAAUAGCAGCACGAUCAUCUAGGGGUUUUAUGGGCCAUUUAGUAAAGAAAAUAUCCAGCACUCUAGAGUCAGGCUGCUUGAGCACCCUUGAUAUCCUAAAGAUUCACCCUUCUGGCUCAGUUUUUAAGACAGUGAAAGUAAUUGAACUAAGGACAAUUUUCUUUAGUUAAGAUGACAUACUUCACAGUACUGCUCACCAACUGCAGCUAUUAUCAUUCACCCUUAAAGAUUUUGCCUUGAUCUUUUAUCAGUGAUUACUAGUGAUUCUUAAAUGCUGUGCAAUCUUAGGUCAACCAAUCAUUUUAGUCACUGGAAGUUUCAGCUCUACAAAGUCUUAGCUUCUUGGGGUCUACACCAUGAGAUGAAAAAUUACUAGUGGGAGACAGCCACUGUUUAAGGUGUUUGGCGAGCUGCAGGUGUCAGCUUUGGUAUCAAAAGGCAGAAUUGGUCAUUAAAAUAAAAUCACUGGCACCCAAAUAAAGGAAAAAACUGAAGAACUAGAUGGUAUGAACAGAAUUCACAAUUACUAAGUGAAUGCUUGUUCCUAAACAUUAGGUAUUUACUGCCUUGUCCUGGCUGUCCCCCCACCCCACCCCUUUCACCAAUCAACAGACACCCCCCAAAAAACA